CGGCGCUGCCAUCACGUGCCCACUCCCACACAUAAAAGGACACGCGCGCGGGGGCACUCUGCAAGUCUGCAUUUCGGCAGUCAUCUAGACCCUUCCAAUCUAGCUACAUGCACCACCACUAAAGCUUAUAAAACCAGGCGCCAAGCUCAUAGCACGGAUGACAACGAUUUCUAUUUUCUAGGCUGACACACAUCGAUCAUCCACGGGCUGUCCACACGGUCACACGUCUCUCCAUUUCUCCAUGGCGGACGAGACGACGACAGGAGACCUCGGAUGGCGGCAGCAUGCUGGGUGGCUGGACGGCAGCGGCGCCGGCAUCAGCAUGCCGCCGGCGCCGGUGCUCGCCCUCUCGAGCAUCGUCGCCUUCUUCCUCUACCUGACAUGGCGGAUGGACGAGUACGAGGAGCAGCUGCGCAGGCGCACGCAGGCCGGGCUCUGCGUGCUCCUGCUGCUCGGCCUCCUCGCGCUGGCCGUGCUCGCGCACCACGCGCUGUUCGACGCCGACGGUAGGCUCGUCGUCGUGGCGCCUGCCGCGUCCUGGUGGUGGUGGCGGGCCGGCCAGUCUGAAGAAGGUGGCGCGUCGUCGUUGGACACGGACCGCGGCAGCGGCGGCGGCACGUCGCCGUGGGCUGUCGCGGCGGUGGUGGCGCUCCUGCUGGUGUUGGCAUCGCACAAGUCGUCCUUCCAUAUGUUCCGGCCGCCGUUCUACCUCAAGUAGCACUAGCUCGAGUGCGCAGCUGUGCAUGUCAUUAGUAAGCAUACAAAAGAAAACUUUUGAGUUGUACAGUUGUUGUGCUGUAUCAUCGGCUCUGGCCACACGAUCAAUGUCAACUAACUAUAAUAGAUAAUGAGAGUUUUCUACUAGUAAAUAAGUAUCAGAAAUUCAGAAUAAGUUCAUCUAGGUUCAAAAAUUACAAGCAAUGCACCAUAAGAUAGAGAUGAUUUUUUUUAAAAAAAAAAAUCUGAAACUAGUUUCAUAUUUUUUAAACUAAAAUGUUUGUUUCUAGGAUUAAAUAAUAUUUUAG